AUGUCCGACUCGACCAAAGACCGCCAGCAGUCCCCCACCGGGACCGGGACCGGGACUGGGAGCUUCAAAUCCGCGCUCUCGACGCUCAAACGCGCCGCGACAAACACCAGCAACAAGAGCAACCUCUCGUUCACGCCCGGCGACGACUCCAUCUUCAACAUCCCUCAAGACCCACUGCCCGACAACCCACGCGACCUCGAGGGCUUCCUGAACCGCCACCUCGCGGCGCUGGAUCAGCUGCAACGCACCGUCGACGGGCGCAACCAGGAGAUCAAAGACUACUGCACCCGCGCGGCGUACUACUACAACCUGAAGCCACGCAUUUCAGGCCAGUUCCUUCGCCAGCUGGACGCCGAGAUCCACGUGCUGAGACAGCAGAGGAACGGACUGCAGCCGCUCGUGCAGAUGAGACAUGACGAGAUUGUGCGCAUCGCGGAUCAUCGCAAGAUGUUGGACGAGGAGAGGGGCCUCGAGUGCACCGUCUAUGAGAUGUACCUGGGCUUUCGCAAGUUGGGCGACUGGGAGGAGAGGUUCUCGAUCUAG